GGUAAUAGCCGUUCUAGCUGAGCUCCACUAGAGGUCGCUGUCCGGCCGCAGCUCAGCCGGUAUCCCUCCGCAGAGAGCAGGUACUGUUACUUCGGUACCGCCUCUGCUCUGCUGCUGCCGGUCGGUCCAGACAACUUGGACAACAUGCCGCUUUCUAACAGACUCACACCGCUGCAACUUUCUCUCCGUGUGUCUCUGGAUCUAAAUGAUCAUCUGGAGCGUUUCCUCGACACAAACUCAACCAACACAUCACCGAGGCUGAGCACUGAAACCUGAGAUGUGGACGAGUCUCACCUGAGCUCCAGAAGAAACCUGAACUUCAGAAACUAGCUGCUGCUUCUUCUUCUUUCUGUGGAGUAUUAAAACCCUGGAUCUGAUGAAAAUGGGUGUGCUGUGGCUGAACUGCGUCUUCUUCCUGGCUUGUUGCUGUGGGUUUGGGUUUGGAAGCUCAAACAAAUGCGACGAAGUGAGGAAAGUUUUCCAACUCAGGCAAAUUGGACCAAAUCAAUUAUUGCCUUUAAGCCCCAGACCAGGUUCAGAUCUUCAGGUGUGCAUGUCCAAGAACCUGACCUGCUGCACCAAAAAGAUGGAGGAGAAGUACCAGGUGGCGGCCCGGAGAGACAUCCAGAACCUCCUCCAGACGUCCAGCUCCAGCCUCAAGUUCCUCAUCUCGCGCAAUGUGGCUGCUUUUCAAGAGAGCUUUGAGGUCCUGAUGAGGCAGGCGGAGAAUCACACGAACACCGUCCUCCAGGAGUCAUACCGCAACAUGGCCAAUCAGGCCGAGGGCCCUGUGCGGGAGCUCUUUACAGAUAUUAGUCUCUUCCUGCUGGGGUCUGAGCUCAACGUUGAAGACUUAGUGCAGCGAUUCUUCGACGCUCUCUUCCCGCUGGUCUACAAUCACCUCAUCAACCCAGGCCUCAGCGACAUAUCACAGGGCUACGCUGAGUGUGUGAGGUCAUCCAGCCGGGAUGUCAGACCGUUUGGUGGGGCGCCCGGCCUCCUGGCUGAUCAGAUUGCUCGCUCUGGGGUCUCCGGAAAGCUUCUCCUCCAGGCGCUGCACCUCGGCAUCGAGGUUAUCAAUACCACAGACCACUUACAGCUGAGCCGCGAGUGCCGAAGGGCCCUGCUCAAGAUGCACUACUGUCCUCACUGCCAGGGCUUAACCCAGUCCAAGCCCUGCAUGGGUUACUGCCUCAACGUGAUGCGGGGUUGUUUGGCGAGCAUGGCAGAGAUCGACACCCACUGGAGAGAGUUUGUUCGCUCGCUGGAGGGCCUGUCAGCACGGAUGCACGGGCCUCAGGAUUUGGAGCAAGUGCUUCUGGGGGUUCACACGCUGCUGCACGAUGCUGUCGGACACGCUCAGAAAAAUGGACCCCGCCUCUCGGCACAGGUGCACAAACUGUGUGGCCCACCGAGCAGGAAGCCUGCGCAUUCAGUCAGCAUCCAGCACAUCAGCAGCAGCAGAGAAUCCAUCCCUCUUAAAGCUUUUGUCAGAGCGUCAGGGGACUCGCUCGCUGUCAGGAGGAGGGACUUUCUAAACAGUCUGCGUCUCUACCGCACGUUCUACGGCGGCCUGGCGGAUCAGCUGUGUGUGAGUGAGCUGGCCUCCAGUGACGGGCUGUCCUGCUGGAACGGAACCGACAUCGUAAAAAGCUACACCCUCCGUGUGGUCGGCAACGGGAUCAAGGCUCAGAGCGCCAACCCUGAAGUCAAAGUGAAGGGAGCAGACCCCGUAAUAAAUCAGAUCAUUGACAAACUGAAACACGUCAAUCAGUUGCUGCAAGGGAAGUCCAUUCCUAAACUGGGGUCACUGGACCAGAUUGAAACAGGAAGUGGAGAUGCAGAGGGACGGUACAGCGGCGACUGUGAUGAUGAAGACGGCUGUGGUGGUUCAGGUGGCGAUGAGGUUAAGAGGAAAGUCUCCAGAGUCUCCAAAUUGAGUCCAGAUGUGACCGGUGAUCACAAACAUCAUCAUCAUCAUCAUCAUUAUCCACCUGCCGAGGAUUCAGAGAUUCAGAAAUCCAGGAGCCUCGGACCGACGGGGGCCAUCUGGGUUUUGAUAUUGCCCUCUUUACACAUGCUGCUGGCCUUGUAACUGCUGCCUUUUUGCAGCAUGAAACUUUAAAGACUUGAUUUCAAGCUUAUUUAUCCAGAAACGAAAAGGCCACUGGACGUAACGAGCUCCAAUAUGUAAUGGAGCACCACUUCCACACAGUGCAGGACACGGUAGGAGUGAACACGAAUGUUCUUGUGGAAAUUGCGAGACAUUAUGGCUAACGUAAGACAGCAUAUGGUUCAGCUUUGCGAAUAUUAAUUAUUUUUUCACCUGGCAUUCAUUAACCCUAAUAAUGACUUAUUUAUAACAGUCAAGAAUAACUACAACGUAUGUUGCAAAAAUUUGGUAUUAAUUUAAUUGUAUUUGUAUACAGUAUAUAAGCAUAUACUGUAUGCAUAUCACACUGUAAUGCAAAAUGUAAAUAAGUGGGGUUUUAAAACUGCUGUGAAAGGAGUCAAGUAAUCUAAAAGGUUACUUUUGAUGUUGGAUUUGAAAUUGAAAAAAAUAAUAUCUCUACACCUCAUACAGUUGCAAUAUUUGUACAAGUCCAAAUUAAAAUGGCCUGUUAUUCUUAUGACAUCCUAGAAAUUACAUACAUUUUUUAUACAAAA